AUGGCCCGCAAAGGCGGGGGCUCGACACAACGCAUGGCCCCGCCACCCAUACCAAAUGGGCAUCCAAACAAUGUUCCACCGCCGUCGACCAUCGCGGCCCAAAUCGUUCAUAAUGCGUCCAAUAUCCAUGCGCAGCGGGAUGAAGCCACCAAAGUCACGUUUGGCGAGCUGGUCAAAGAAUUCUUACAACACCCAAAUACGGAUGAGCCUGACCCACAGCUUGUCGCACUCAUAUGUGUAAUUGCCGAAGCAGGACUUGAAGGCCUUUUCAAAGAGGACCCGUUUGCCCAAGAUCAGCAAAGGCAGCAGGGCAUUGACAGCAUUGCGGCACUCACGUUUAUUUUGCAACAGAAGCCACACCUGCUCUUGAGCGUCAAACAAGGCGACGACGAGAGUAUUCCUGGACCUCCCCUCCUCCUCUGGUUGUAUCCUAAGCUACUUGGCCUGCUGACUCAUGCGACACUCCAACCCGUACAUAAGCAUGUUCAGCAGCUUUUACAUCUCUGUCUUAACGCAUUGGUGCAAACUUCUGCGCUGUGGCGUCCGGCUACAAGAGUGCUGCAGCUCUACAGAUUCUGUAUUCAAUGCAUUCUUUCCGAACUCGAGACGUUGAACAGCAACCCAACUGCACUACCAAUAUCAUCUUUCCGCCUAGUUCUGCCACCGUCAAGCGCUAUCAAUGAAGCCUGGCCGGAAAGUCAGCAAUUCGUUGCACUACCCCAUGACUUACAACGCGCCAUGCCGUCCCAUCACGGAGCUAUUCACGUUGGCUUCUGUCUCCUGCUUGCAGUGGCCAAUACCAUUCAACGCAGAGGCAAGGCGCCUGUAGAAAUGGCUGCUAUGGAGCACCAUCUGCCCUGGAUUAUGGACAGCAUGCAGGCUUUGUGGCGACAUUUCCGGCGUUGGACGAUAAGCUCUGGGAGACGCACAAUCUACGAUGAGGUUACGCUCGUAUACCUAGAGUUGGUAGAAUCAUUGUUCAUGCCUUCAGUUGCAUCCGAAAACCGGUCGCCAGUCUCAUUGAAGAUGGCACAGGCGCUCAGCAAUAGUAUUGCAGGGCUUCUUGAAAGCCUAGCUACGUCACCUCCAGCAGAAGCUGUGCAGAUCCGAGUCGCAUCGAUUUUCACCCGCUUACGAAGUAUUCUCAGCUCUCAACUCAGUGACGUGUCUACCCCGCGGCGACGAGAAGAUGCAGGCAGAUAUGUUGUUCAGAACGAGCUCGAAGGGUGCAUUAACAGGUCCUUCCAAGACACUGAAAAUUUCACAAAACUCCACAAAGACUUGCAGCUGGCACUUUGCCUCUGGACGUCGCCUGGUGCUUGGCCUCUACACGUUGCAGAUCUACGAAAAGAGCUUUGCGAGAACGAGACGGGAAGCUUUUCUGAUGCUCAACUUUCUGAAGAGUCAGCGUCGACUGUAAAAGCAUUUCGAGCUUUGAAUCUAGGUGAAGAAAGCAGACCAGCCAAGCGAAGAAAAAAACUACCAGACUCUACCGAAGACAUUAACCAGUCUACUUACGAGCAGCUUGUGAUGACAUUGAAUGGCAGUACCCAAGAUUCGCCUGUGCUCAACCUGUCUAAUCUGCACAACAUCAUUCAAGCGAGGUAUUCUUCAAUGCCAGAUGGUGAGCAGCAAAACGCACCUGUACAAGAGGAUAUUUUGAGGGCAUUGGCGAAAAUCGCCUGCGCCGGCUCCCGUUCACUGGAGCAGCCUAGAUCUACGCCACAUUCCAUACAGACACUACACUGUGCUUUGUGCGAUACCAACAUCCAGAAAGCACGCGAUGAAGCUGCUUAUUGGAAUAUCCAGGAUGGCGCAGAAAACUGGAAAGAUGCAAUUGCCGCUAUGCUUGUAAUCACCAAAGAACCGCUAUUCCAUGCAUCGUCACAAUCGAGGAUUCUCAUGGCUGUGGCUAUCGGCCGUGUCUACAAUCACAUCUCAGGCUCUGAGUAUCUGGCUCUCGAGAAUUGCGAGCUGGGGCAAUGGUUGCUUGCGUGUAUGAGCAGAUCACUUCGAGAACUAAAGCUUGCGGCUGCAAGUUCUCUGAUGGUCUUCCUACGAGAUGAUAUUUCGAAAAGUACCCGCGAAAAGAAUCGGAGGUCAACUAUAGAGUUUCUCGAUGCGCUUGCAAAGCGAGAUGUUUUGUCCGACCAGGAGACACUCAUCAUGGCUUACGGUCGAAUUGCUCAAACGUGUGGUGAAUUAGAGCUUCCGAUCAUAUUACACCAUCUCAUCGAGUACCUUGGUCACCCCAAUGCCUUGGUGUGCGGUAUGGCCUACCGUGAGCUGGAGUCUAUUGCCAAGGGAUAUUCCAUGGACACGAUGCAGCUGAUAAGUCCCUACUGGAAAGUCAUUGGCUUCUCGGUCAUCAGAGACAUCAUCAACAAACCUCAGAAGGCACAGCAAUUGGCAGAUUUGACUGAGCAAAGCGUCCGUCAACUCCUCGUACAAACCCAGUCGGACACGCUUCCUCAUCUCGUACUGAGUAAGAGAAGAGAUAUCAUUGAAAAGAUUGCUCAAGCGCGAAAGGCCUCCGUCAUCGACGUAUUGACGUAUCCAAGAGUCAAUCUGGCCAAGAUCUUAGCCUUGCUCCUGUCACAACCUGUUGCUGACGUUGAGCGUACUGCAAUGGAGACGUUAGCUGCCGUCGAGCCCGCUAUACGCGACGGUAACAACAACAGGCUGGAGUCCUGGGUCGCGCUGGAUAUAACUGGGGUUGCUAUUGAGAUACUAAUGCUGGCUGCUGAUCAAGAAGGCGUAAGAAAGAAGCCAUUCUACAAUGCGUUCACCACACUUGCCACACUUGCCCCAGAAACCAAAUCCGGUCCUCGCAAAUCGACAUCCAAAACCAAGAACCUUGAUGCCUUUUGCGAAACACAUAUCCUGGGCAUCAUAGCAUACUUUUCCAACAUUAUCGAGACACCGAGUUCACCCGGAAAGGCAGUCCGGCAUACGAUGCCUGAACGGAAAAGAUGCAUAGCUGCCAUUGGUGAUCUCAUCAGUCUUGCUCAGUACAGCGUGAAUGGGGCUUUGCCUCAGAUUCGCGCUUGUCUCCAGUCAGCCAUGGCAGAUCCUGAUCUCUGCGAUGACACAUUCAAUGUCUGGUCGGCUUUCCUAUCGGCCCUCGAUCCGGAAGAGACAAUGCUGGUUGUCGAACAAACUUUUGCAUUGAUCGUGCAACACUGGUCCUUAUUCUCAUCAGAAACUCAGACCAAGGCUCACAAAACCAUUGGAAAUAUUAUUGCACAGCACAACACGCAGCUCAGAUCCAUGAUAGAGUACCUUCCUUCGCUAGCCGGAAUUCCAAUGUUGUCCAAAAUCGAGGGAGAAUUUGCAAAGUUCAAGGAUAUGCUACCGCCAAUCGGUGUUUUUCACGCCUUCAGCAGUCGGUGCAAAGAUCAAAACUCGGUCGUAGUUCGUCAAGCGCUAAGAGAGCUCGUGCCCUUUUUGGAUGCACACCAGCAAGAGUUGCAUCAGUCGGUGGUUGGUCAAAAACGACCUCCGGUCCUCGCAGCAUUGACCAGGUCUCUCCUUGAUGCUAGCGUUCGAUUCUCCGAAGACCACUCCGAUAUCACUAUACUUUGUGCCCAGUGUCUUGGGAUCAUAGGUGGUCUUGAUCCAUACCGGGUGGAAACGGUUCGUGAGAAGAAGCGCGUGUUGAUGUUGUCGAACUUUUCGCGCAGAGACGAGGACAUUGACUUUGUGGCGUUACUUCUUGAGCAGGUCCUUGUCAAAGUUUUCCUUUCAACCACAAACGCAAAGGCACAAGGAUGGAUCGCCUAUGUCAUGCAGGAAAUGCUGAAGCAUUGUGGCUUCAGUGCUCUUCGUGGAGCGAAGCCUCGGUCAUCUCAGAGCAGUACGGAAGCACAGCGCUGGAACAGCAUUCCAGAAGAUGUGAGGACCGUAUUGACGCCCUUUCUCGAUUCGAAAUAUUCUGUCAACAUGAAUCCCGCCUUACAGUACCAGGGUGCAAACUACCCUAUUUUCCACCCAAAGCUUAGUCACGCGACCUGGCUACAGACCUUCGUCUACGAUUUGCUGCGGAAAGGACAAGGUGUUAAUGUUGAGAUGGUCUUUCCAGUCUUGGCUAGAAUCAUCAGAGGCUAUGAUCUUUCCAUCGCGACAUUUAUCCUUCCUUUUGCAGCUCUGAACGUUAUUGUCUCUGACAAUGACGAGAAUAUGAUGCAUGUUGGCCAGGAACUUUUACAAGUACUCCAAGCUGAUCUGCGCACAUCGGAACAGCUUGAGGCUUCGACCAUCAAGCAAUGUAGUGAGGCAAGUUUCUCGAGCAUGUCACAUAAUGUGUUCCAGACGCUCGACUACCUCUCGCUGUGGUUACAGGAGAAGCGAAAAUCGCUAUCGGACGCCAGAGUAAUGGCAGGAAAGACAGGACGUGGGAUUCAUGAGAAUGACGAGAUGACUGCUAUAAAGCAGGUCAGUCGUGUGGAAGGCAUACUCCAGCUUAUACCCGCAGAGGUAAUAUCUCGAAGAGCUGUUGAAUGCGGUUCAUAUGCCCGCGCCCUGUUCCAUUGGGAGCAGUACUAUCGCCAACAACGAGACUUGAAGGCAGAAUCGAAGCAGCCCUUUGUAGAGAAGGACGAACUACUGCAACACCUGCAAAUGAUUUACGCCCACAUUGACGAGCCGGACAGCAUUGAAGGAAUAUCAGCUCACCUGAAAGUGCUCAAUCCAGAACAGCAGAUCAUCGAGGAUCGCAAGGCCGGGCGAUGGACAGCAGCUCAAAGCUGGUAUGAGAUCGCGCUUACUGAGAGGCCAAACGACGUCGAGACCCAGGUCAAUCUCUUAACGUGUCUGAAGGAAUCUGGCCAAUACGAUUCAAUUCUCAACUAUGUGGAUGGCUUCCAUGCUAACGAAUCGUUUUCGAGCAGUACGCUACCUUUUGCCGCUGAGGCAGCUUGGUCAGCUGGCAAAUGGGAACAACUCGAGCGUCUCCUCAACAGUUCACAUAGUGCAGACACCAACGCCUUUAUGAAUUUCAACGUUGGCGUAGGUCAAGCACUCUUGGCACUUCGUCAGAACAAAGUCGUCGAGUUCCAACGCAUCAUUGCGCAGCUGCGAGAGCUCGUGGCGAAGAGCUUGACGCCAUCAACGACUACUUCUGUGCAGGCAUCGCACGAGUAUUUAGUCAAGCUCCACGCGCUGUAUGAAAUCGAGGCUGUGAGUGGUACGGGUACUGGAGCAGCCAUGGGACGUGAAGUUCUCCUGGCGAACCUCGAUCGGCGGCUAGACAUUAUCGGGGCCUACACCUCAGACAAGCAAUACCUUUUGGGGAUCCGUCGCGCUGUGAUGACGCUUUCUCGCAUCGAGUUCACAAAACUGGAUAUUGCAUCUGCGUGGCUCACGACCGGAAGACUUGCUCGCAAGGGCGACUUUAUGACGACCGCAUUCAACUCUGUACUUCAUGCCGAACGCCUGGGCGAUAAUGCUUCAAAAAUUGAAUACUCGAAAUUGCUGUGGAAAGAGGGUCAUCACCGCAAAGCGAUCCAAAAUUUACGGGGUGCGAUCGAUAGCAAUGCAUUCCAGCAAGACGAAACAGUGCCCAUCAAUGUCUCUGUUACCACUGCUGGUCGAGGAGACGAGCAUGCAAUGAACAAGGUUAAGUGCCAUGCUCAGUUGCUGCUUGCAAAAUGGCUGGAUCGCGCAGGUCAGACACAAGCUGUUUCUCUCAAAGAAGAGUACGUGACUGGCGUACAAACAUACCCUAGAUGGGACAAAGGUCACUACUAUCUAGGAAGAUGGUAUCUGAAGCUGCUGGAGUCUGAGAAGCAACAACCGGUUACGAAGCAGAGUCCAGAAUACCUGUCUGGAAGCCUGAUCAAGCUGGUCAUUGAGAACUUUGUCCGCUCCACGGUCUAUGGAACCAAAUACUACUACCAAACCUUGCCCAAAAUACUUACGCUGUGGCUAGACAUGGGCAUGGAAGUCAUGAACAUGCAACCGCGAACGGCAAGAGAUAAAGAGUUUCAUGAACAUCGCAUCAACUAUCUUGAUCUCAUCAACUCAUAUAUCAAGCGAUAUGCUACCGACCGGAUGCCCGCUUUCUCGUGGUACACGGCGUUCCCGCAAAUCAUAACACGAAUCAGCCAUCCGAACAAGAACGUCUGGGAUGUUCUUCAGACAAUCAUUCUACGAGUCGCUUCGUCGUAUCCACAGCAGUCGCUAUGGGCUCUACUGGCUGUUCUUCACUCGACGCAGGACGAACGCCGGAGCCGUGGUGCGGUAGUAUUGCAGAAACUACGCGACGUGUCAAAGCGCAAGGGAGCAUCUCUCGACCUCAGGAACCUCAUCAUCCAAGGACAGCGGCUUACGGACGCACUGCUGGCCGCUUGCGAUGCCCCGAUUGAAGCGCGAGUUUCCCGUGUGAGUCUGGCAAAAGACCUGGGAUUCAGUCACAAACUCUUGCCCACUCAACUGGUGGUCCCAAUCGAGGCCAACCUUCUUCCAAAUCUACCGGUAGGCAACGACAGCCAGAUGAUUCGCCGCUACAACCCGUUCUCUGCAGACGCUAUCACGAUACACUCGUUUGACGACGACGUGCUGGUCUUGUCAUCGCUCCAACGUCCACGCAAGCUCAAUGCUCGUGGCUCGGAUGGCCGCUCGUACGGACUGCUAUGCAAGCCAAAAGACGAUCUGCGAAAAGACCAACGGCUCAUGGAAUUCAACGCCAUGAUCAACCGGGCGCUCCAGAAGGACAUUGAGUCGAGCAAGCGGCGCCUGUACAUCAAGACGUAUGCCGUGACGCCGCUGAACGAAGAGUGCGGAACCAUCGAAUGGGUCGAAGGCCUCAAGCCCAUGCGCGACAUCAUCCUACGCUUCUACCGCCAACGCAACGUGUCGAUUAACUACACGGAGAUCCGCAUGCUGCUCAACGAAGCGGCGUCGUCGCCGUCCAAGCUCCCCAUCUUCACGGAGCGCAUCCUCGGCAAGUUCCCCCCGGUGCUGCACGAAUGGUUCGUCGAAACGUUUCCCGAGCCCGAGGCCUGGUUCGCCGCGCGCCUGCGCUACACGCGCUCGUGCGCCGUCAUGAGUAUCGUGGGCCACGUGCUGGGACUGGGCGACCGCCACGGCGAAAACGUGCUGCUCGAGCAGGGCGACGGCGGCACCUUCCACGUCGACUUCAACUGCCUGUUCGACAAGGGCCUGACGUUCGAGAAGCCCGAGCUGGUGCCCUUCCGUCUCACACACAACAUGGUGGAUGCCAUGGGCCCGCACGGCGUCGAAGGCCCGUUUCGCGCCGCCGCAGAGCUCACGUACAAGCUGCUGCGCCAGCACGAGGACACGCUCAUCACCAUUCUCGAGACUUUUGUCCACGAUCCCACGGCCGACUUCCUCGGCGGCAAGCGCAGGAAGAAAAUUCCGGGUGUCCCGGAUACGCCGCAGGAGGUGCUGGAUAUUACGCGCACAAAGGUCAAUGGGUACCUCAAGGGCGAGAGCGUGCCGCUGAGCGUCGAGGGCUACGUCGAGGCGCUGAUUGCCAUGGCGAGGGAUCCGCACAAUCUGGCCGCCAUGUAUAUUGGGUGGUGUGCGUUUUUCUAGGCUGCACGUGGUAGUAAG